GUCUUACUAUCGAGUCAGUUGGGAAUUAUACUCUAUUGUAAAAUAUAUAUAAAAAAAAAGAAGAAAUAGUAAAAAUGAAGACCUUUGUUAUUCUCUUUGUAUGCGCAUUCGUGGUCUGUUUGUGGGCCGAAGCUCACGCUGACUGCGGUGGUAUGGGUGGUGAUGACAAAACUUACAAGACCGGCGACAAGAGGAUUGAUAGAUGCUCCGAAUUUACAUGCCAGGAAAACGGAUCAUGGACUUCAUUAGGAUGUGGUGUAUGGGCUUGUGAAGAUCAAAUUGGUUACCAAGAUUACGACUACUCAAAACCAUACCCUGAAUGUUGUCCAAGACCAAUUUGUGCAUCAGACAAAAAUUAAGAAACAUUUUUUCGUACAUUGGCUACCAGAUUUAUGAUUUUAUUACGCAAAGAUUAAGUAUCUUACUAACAAAAUUUGUUUCGAUUUAAUAACCUAGAAUUUUAUUUUCAAUAAAACCUGAUUUAACAUUAAAA